CACAUACGCAGAGAUCAACCAUCACAGGGAGAGACAGCAGAGAGAGCAGCAGACGCCGCGAGACGCACUACGCGAUGGACUUUGUACCUGUGUACCACGGCCCCAUUGGCAAAGCCCUGUGUGAGCGGAGACUAUGCGAUGCGGGCAGGGAUGGCAGCUACCUCAUCCGAGACAGCGAGUCGGUGCCCGGAAUGUACUGCCUGUGUGUGCUGUGUAAAGGCUACGUCUACACGUAUAGGCUACAUCAGGAUGCAGAGGGAUCUUGGGCGGCUGAUACUGCACCAGACCAACAGAAGCGCUUGUUUCGAAAAGUCAAGAACUUGAUAAGUGCCUUCGAGAAGCCCGACCAAGGGAUCGCCAUUCCGCUCCUCUACCCGGUGCCUCGGCCCCUCGUACCAACGACGCCCCCGUACAUGUCAACCACAGAGCAGCCGACUCCUCCUCCUCGGCCUGCGGGCCAGAAUCACAAUCAGAACCACAACCAGAACCUGCCCCAGGGACAGCACCAGCACAAGUCCACGCCCCGCGUCAAAGCGAAAAAACGGCCUUCUGUCUGAGGAGUUGGUCUCACGGCAUCCCACCGUAGAGACUCUGGAGUUGAAAGCAGGCCAGAUGUUUUCAGUUGAUCCUUCCGAGGACUUUCUGGUUAUCUCGUCCUCACUCUGUUUCCCGACUUAUGUCUCGUCCCCCGACUUCUUCAUUUAUACCACUUUCUCUCUCCAUCUCUCACUCCCUCUCUUUACCUCUCUCCUAAUUUUUUUCUCCUUAUUAUGAGGUAUAAUUCUAUGAAUUGAUUUUUAAUUAAAUUCAGUGUUUUUAUUAUU